GCCCCUCCUAGGACAAAACAACUACCCACCAAUAGUGGGCCCUCCCCGCCAAUCUCGAUCGAAAAAUCGCCAAACAAUGACAAGCUUCAAGAGGUCCUUUGGGGACUCUCAUGGAUCCUCGGAGCUAUCUUCCAAGGUCUUCCUUAGAUCUUCGAAAGGAAAAUGCACAAAGAUUGUUCGAGAACUCUACCUCCGUCGCGAUAUCCCUUGUUCGUCAAAAAUCUGCACUCGCUGUCUGGCCGACAUCAAAGGAGAUUCCUACGGGCGCACAAAACCGUUCGUUCUUUCCUCUAAUGCUCCGGUUAACGAUACUAUCAAAGUGCCUCACUACAUUGUCCCCGACACAAACGUAUUCCUUCGCUGCAUGGACGUUUUGGACCACGCGGCGAUUACGGAUGUCAUCGUUCUUCAAACGGUGCUGGAUGAGGUACGGGCAAGAUCGCUGCCACUGUAUAACCGCUUGAGGGCACUCGUGGCAUCAGGGGAGAAGAGAUUUUACGUUUUUCACAACGAGUUUAGAUCUGAGACCUAUGUGCGGCGGGAGCCGGGGGAGACUAUCAAUGAUCGGAAUGAUCGUGCGGUUAGGCGUGGAGUCCAGUGGUAUCAUGAGCACUUGAAGGAAGUCGCCAGGGAUAGUGGAAAGAGCAUUGCUGUUGUCAUGGUUAGUAAUGACAAGGGAAAUCUUGAGAAAGGCAAGAGGGUGGGAGUAACUUGUUGUAAUAGUGCGUAUUAUGUCUUAAAUGUUAAGGAGGGGGACUAACUGGAGGCAGUCAAGGAUUAUGUCUCUGGUAUGAAGAACUCGGACGAGCUUCUUGACAUGAUCAGUGCUGCGCUUGAGGAUGAGAAUGCUAAGGCUGCUAAGGGCGACAUGCUUUAUCCGGAGGUGAGAAUUCCAUCAUGAAGGUUGUGAUAGUUCACUAACAAGAGUAGUACUAUUCCAUGUCCAAGAUGAUGACCGGCGUCAAGGCCGGUACUCUUCACCAAGGGAAGUUCAGUAUCAGUCCUUACAACUUCCUCGAAGGUUCCGUACAUGUGCCAUCGUUUGACAGGCCGCUCCUAAUACUAGGCCGUGAGAACAUCAAUCGCUCUGUUCAUGGGGAUCAAGUUGUUGUUCGUGUCUUACCCAGGGACCAAUGGAAACACCCAUCUAGCAAGAUCAUUGAGGAAGAAACCAUGACCAAAAACGACAACCCGGAGGUUGAGCAAUUCGAGGCUAUCGAGACUGAGCAGGAACGAAAAGCGCUCAUCGAUGAAGCGAAGCUGUCACAAGGCGCCAUCGGUGAAGGAAAGCCCCAACCAACUGCGCGGGUUGUUGGCGUCAUUAAACGGAAUUGGAGGUACUACGUUGGGCAUUUAGAUCCUUCUUCCGCACCUUCCGUAGGCGGGAGAUCUCAGAGAAACGUAUUCCUUAUUCCCAUGGACAAAAAGAUCCCGAAAAUCCGACUUAGGACUAGGCAAGCGUCCGAAUUGUUUGGCAAGAGGAUUGUGGUUUCUAUCGAUGCUUGGGACAGAACUUCCAGAUACCCUUCUGGUCAUUUCGUCAGGUCACUAGGAGCGGUAGAGACUAAAGAGGCAGAGACUGAAGCUUUGUUACUGGAAUGGGAUGUUCAGUAUCGGCCGUUUCCGAAGUCGGUGUUGGAUUGUUUGCCAAAAGAGGGACACGAGUGGAGGAUUCCACAAGACCCAGAGGAUCCCAGACUGCACCAGAGGGUGGACUACCGUGGGCUUUUGGUUUGUAGUAUUGACCCGCUGGGCUGUCAAGAUAUCGACGAUGCUCUUCAUGCGAGUCGUAUGCCAAAUGGAAACUAUGAGGUCGGCGUACACAUUGCGGAUGUCACACAUUUUGUCAAGCCCAACACUGCUAUGGACGACGAAGCCUCGGUGAGAGGAACCACGGUCUACCUUGUUGACAAACGUAUCGACAUGUUACCAAUGCUCCUCGGCACGGACCUGUGCUCGCUAAAGCCGUAUGUUGAGAGAUUCGCUUUCUCUGUCGUCUGGGAGAUUACGGAAAAUGGCGAUAUUGUCGGCACCAAAUUCUCCAAAUCGAUGAUCAAGUCUCGUGAGGCAUUUAGCUACGAACAAGCACAGCUACGCAUUGACGACAAGAAUCAGAACGACGAGCUCACACAGGGAAUGAGGACUCUGCUCAUGCUUUCUAAGAGGCUGCGGCAGAAGCGUAUGGACGCUGGAGCUUUGAAUCUGGCUAGUCCGGAGGUUAAAAUUGAGUCUGAAUCGGAAACUUCGGACCCUAUCGACGUCAAGACGAAGGAGAUGCUCGAAACAAAUUCUUUAGUUGAGGAAUUUAUGCUGUUGGCGAACAUCAGUGUCGCGGAGAAGAUUUAUGAAGCUUUCCCGCAAACUGCUAUGCUAAGGUUUGCCCCCUUCCAUAUUCUCCCUCUGUAUACCCCUGUGCUAGACCGAGGCUAACAAACAACCUAGACGCCACGGCGCCCCACCAGCCUCCAAUUUUGAAGAGCUCCAAAACCAGUUAAGAGUAACUCGGGGCCUGACCCUGCUCACAGAUAGUUCCAAAGCGCUUGCAGACUCACUCGACCGAUGCGUCGACCCUUCCAAUCCCUUCUUCAACACGCUCGUGCGCAUCCUGGCAACGCGGUGCAUGGUCUCAGCCGAAUACUUUUGUUCUGGCACCCAAGGCUACCCCGAAUACCGGCAUUACGGUCUCGCGAGUGAGAUCUACACCCACUUCACAUCCCCCAUACGCCGGUACGCGGAUGUCGUUGCGCACCGCCAGCUUGCAGCUGCGAUCGGCUACGAGCCGUUACAUCCGACGCUGCACUCAAAAGACAAGCUGGAGGGCAUAUGCAGCAACAUCAAUAACCGACAUCGCAACGCGCAGAUGGCCGGGAGGGCCAGCGUUGAGUAUUACGUUGGACAGGCACUGCGCGGUAAGGUUAUUGAAGAGCAGGGCUACCUGAUGAGGAUCUUCUCGAACGGAUUUGUGGUGUUUGUCCCCAGGUUUGGAGUCGAGGGACUGAUCCGCGUGAAGGAUCUGGCGCCCGUCGAGCCAAAAUCCGAGUUUGAUGCUGAGAAUUAUAGGCUCACAGUUGAGGGGUCGACUGGGAGUUGGUCUGUUGCAUUAUUUGAUCGGGUUGUGGUUAAGGUUAUGGAUGAUGUGGAGGAGCGCACAGGAAAGCGGAAGAUCAAGAUGACGCUUGUGAGUGUCGAGGGUCGGAAGCUUGAGUGAACGAAGGGGUUAUGAUCAAAAAGGAUUGUUGUUGGUAGUUAUAAUACGAUUACUACUAGAAACUUGCCUGAUUGAAGCCUCUCUACAGUGAAAGCACAAGCACGAAUCUCCGGCAUUCACCAUGGUGGGAUGUGAUAGCACCCUCACUUUUAACUUCAAAACAGGGCUUUGUCUGAUCUCCCCAGUUCAAAAGCAUGUUUUAAUUCUCCCUCCAUUGUUUCCUGAUCCAAUCGUCUGUGCCUUUCAUUGCCAUAUUGUUUUGAGUCACUAGCAGCAGGUUUGAUCAUAUUAUAUAGCAUGAGGUAUGCAGACUCCUGUACACCUUACUGGUAGUUCGAAUGAUGCCGCAGGAGGUACUGCGGAUGAGGUCUGCAUAGGUCAAAGUGCAACAGUCUUGCAUCUCAGAGGCUCUUUACAGUUCUGGAAAAGGUGGGUGCAAUAUCGAAUGCACCUCGCUAUUUCGGUUUCCAUAGCGAUUAAAAGGCUAUCUGUAGAAUUUCUCUAUACCCCCGAUACAAGCGGAAGCGCGGCCGCUAAUUUCCCACAGGUUAUGGGGCACAUGGCUAAGCCCGGGUAG